CCACUCGCCAGCUGCAGCACUCUGCGCGUCCCCAACCUCACCCCUUUUUGGCGGCCCCCUCCUGUCCAGGCUCCCGAGCCCGGAAGUGGAUGUGGCCGCUUGGCAAAGAAGACGAGGGGGAGGGAGAAGUGCUUCCGGGGAAACGGGCCCCGGGUUGGUGUUUGUAAACUUGCCUCGGUCCCGGCGCGGGCAGCGGCGGCCGCGGGCUUGGCACCGGGUGCUCGGGGCCUGGAGGAGGCGCCGCGCGGCGGAGGAGACGGCGGGAGGCCGCGCCGGGCAGGUUUCUGGAGCAGACCUAGAGCUUCACCGAGAGAAUUCAACUGGGAAACCAAGACUGAUAGACUCUCAUUUCUUCAGGCAAUAGGCAGAAGUCAGAGACCUCGGAUUUCUGCAACACCUGUUUCCCCUUUGGAGGACACUAAAUUCUUUGAGAAGACAAAGGCUGUUCAGUAUGGCAGCUGAACAGAAAGGACAGGAAGGAGCCAUUACUGUGAUUUGGUGACAGUUCUUCAAACAACAGUGUCUUAAGGAAAGCUGGAUAAAGAACUUCUGAACUUUUGGGUUCAUUAAGUGAAAAAUCAGCAUGGCUCAGGUAAAAAGCUCUAGCGUCCUCCUUCAAGAUCAUUCACUGGGAAGCCUGUUUGCAAUGUCACUCUUGAAUUCUGCCUUAGCCAACAGUAUUGACCAUCCCCAGUGAGCCGAGCUCUGUAUUAAGCACCAGGGGGAGAUCUAGAGGAAGGAAAGGAGACAGGCCUCCCUGCCUUCAGGGAGCUUCCAGUCAAAUGAAGGAGGAAUUUUAUUGAGCUCCUGUUACAUGCAAGGCAUUGUGCUUGGAAUACAAAGAUGAAUAAGAUUGUCCUUGUCCCCAGCAAGUCUUCUGGCUUGUGAAGGCCUAGCGGGUGUGAGUUUGGUUCCCACUGCAGCCAGCAAGAAGAUGAUGCUGAGCCAGAUUGCCAGCAAGCAGGCCGAAAAUGGCGAGCGGGCAGGUAGCCCUGAUGUGCUGAGGUGCUCGAGUCAGGGCCACCGAAAAGACAGUGAUAAAUCCCGGAACCGCAAAGACGAUGACAGCUUGACUGAGGCCUCUCAUUCAAAAAAGACUGUUAAAAAGGUGGUGGUAGUGGAACAAAAUGGCUCUUUCCAAGUCAAGAUCCCCAAAAAUUUCAUCUGUGAACACUGCUUUGGAGCUUUUAGGAGCAGCUACCACCUCAAGAGGCACAUCCUUAUUCACACUGGUGAGAAACCAUUUGAGUGUGAUGUAUGUGAUAUGCGUUUCAUCCAGAAGUACCAUCUUGAACGCCACAAGCGUGUACACAGUGGUGAAAAGCCUUACCAGUGUGAACGAUGUCACCAGUGUUUUUCUCGGACAGACCGACUACUCAGACACAAACGGAUGUGCCAAGGAUGCCAGUCCAAGACAUCUGAUGGGCAGUUUUCUCUAUAGACACGGGCCUAGGUGGUGGGAGUGACGGGAAGAGUCCACCGAAGAGCACAACCUCUGCUCCGAUGGCCCCACCACCGCUCCCUCUGAACCUGUCCCCUUCCUAGAGGAGAGCAUCGGAGGACAGCAGCUCCAGAACCUCAGCUCUGUAAAUAGUCGGAGACCGUGCGGAUCUCGGGAAAGUUCCUGCAGCAUUCCUGGGCAGGGGAAGGACCCUUAGCUGAGGUCAUAGGUGGGGACUCAAAGGUACAGGACCAAGACUGAAACGUUCCCGCAACCUUGGACUGGAAGUGGCAGCUGAGGGAAAAGUACUGAGGAGGGAGUUUGCUCUGCUUGUUUUGUUUAUCAAGAGCAAUUUCAGCAGGUGAACGGGGACACAGGUGAUCUGGAGACGCAAAGUCCUUAAGCAAAGAAAGGACUACGACUGGUCCAGCCGUUUUUGUUACCAGAGGCCUUGGGUGUUCCACAGCCCUACACAGUACUUCCUGUUUGAACGAAAGAGGACCAGGGCUGGCAGCUGAGCUUACCUAGACUUCUUACAUAUACACUGUGAGGGCAAAGGGGAAACUGGGAGGGACAGCUGUGGGUCAGACAAGAAGAGUGGGCAUACCUUUUUAUCUCCUUACCAAGAGCAGUGUUGUGCCCAUGGGUGUUCUCGUGGCUUAUGCAACACCAGUGCCUGAUGGGACCAGCUCAAGUGCCUUUGGAGGAGACUUGGGUGGGGUGGCCCGCCCAGCCCUUUUUUCAGGGCACUUGGUCUUGGUUAUGGUUGUGGCUACCUCACUGUCCUUGACCGAAAACCAGGCAGCAGUUGAGCAGGAGUUAUGGGUAUCCAAGUGGGCUGUCCCCUUGUGCCGUCUUAGAACAAGGAUAGUGCAAAGUUGGCCAACAGCUGUUAGAGGUGCAAACGUGAUGGCCCCGAUGUGACUUGUGUGAUAGAGCCCCUUCCUGCCCAAGUCCUGCAACUGUAUUCAAGUAGUGGAGUGGAAGUCUGGUCUUCAGUCCCAAAGAACAUGAUCUUGGCCUCCUCCUUGGUAGACAUCCCUACCAACAAGGUAGAGGAGGGAGGGAUACUGCAGAGGAAGGACCCUAAAGUCUGUCUUAGUGUUGACCUUACUCUGUUCCAAACCCCCAUCUUGUCUGCCCCUGGAAAAGUAAUGAGGUGUGUGUGUCUCUGUCUGAUUUGUGGGUGCUUGUGUGUGUAUGCUUGGAAGGGAUGAAAAUUAUUGAGCCAAAUUUAUCCGGCCACCAACUUAGAGGACAGAAAACAUAGAGCAGGUUCCAUGCCCAGACCUGAAGGGCGCCUGCCUCCCAGAGGUUGCUGAGAACAAGGGAGCCAAGGGGGUUCAUUCAGGAGGAUUUUUGUGUUUUUUUUUUUGUUUGUUUGUUUGUUUGUUUUGUUUGUUUUCAUAUUGAUUCAACAGUGUACUGCUUAGAGUGUUUCUAAGCCAGGGCUUAUAAACCUGUAUUUUCUAAAGAGAAAUAACUCCCUUCCUGCUAAAGAAAGGAUCCUUAAGGGAGGUUUUGGAUUUCAUUGAGCACUACUCCACCCUGGGGGGGCCGACUUCAGGUAUAAUCAUGGAGACUGACCUGAGCACACACGCAGCUGUAGCUGUGGGUAGGAAUCUGAGAUGGCAGCCUCCAAGAAGUUCUUGCCUAGCACAUGAGGGCCAGGCAGCAACAGACUGUUGGCUAUGGCCUCUUCCAGUGUGUUGAGGGACAGUACAUCAUACCUCUUGGGUUGAAGUACUUCAGGGAAAAAGAAGGGAAGAUGUUGCGACCUUCAGCUCGACUCUGGCAGCACCUGAGAGCCUUGGGUGAGGUGUCUGAGGUGCUCACUGCCAUGUGUUGUAGCUUCAUGCUGUCCCUACAUCCGACGUGCCCUGGAGCCUGCACCUCAGUGCUGGAGCCACCGUGUGGUCCCGGCAUCUGUGCACAGAAAGCAGACCUUGGUGUGAGAGGGCUCUGCUGGGCUGGGCUUUGCCUGUCAUUCACCUCUGGGAAAGGACACAUUGAGAAAGAUACCCUCCCAAAAAUGCUCUGGAAGCGGAAUCCCUCCUUGCUACUUGAAGAUGAUCUAUUUGUGGGGAGAAGUAGAAGAGUGACCCAUGCUUCUUCAUGUGUGAAUGUAUGUACUGGGUUAGAGCAGGCCCUGCAGACCUCGGCUUCCUAACUGAGUGGAGAGAACUUUGGGAUGUAUGUACAGAUGGCCCUACCAGAACCACACUGCCAAGGCCUGGGUGUGAGAAGCUCAGGCUGGCAGUGGUUGAGGACAGACAGGCUCCGGGGUGAAGAGUAAUAGGACACCCAAGGGCCCAGGAACCACACUCCACCCCAGGGAAACCACAGACAGCUGCAAAGGCUCCUGAGCCUGACGCUGCACCUCCACUGGGGUGGCCUGUUAGCACUGGACAGAUGUCUCAGGUGUGUGUAGACGGGGAAAGGAAGAGAGGGCAGGUGCUCAGAGAUCAAAAUGUGAAUGUGGGGCUGGGUAGGAGAGUGGUACCAGUCCCUGGGUAGGCCCCUGUGCCAGCCCACAUCCCGCCCUUCCCAUUCAUCCCCAACAGCCACCUGUCAUCACUUAGCUACUGAUUGUGCUCCAUGGCUUGACCCAGAGGGUUAGAGGAACGGAGCUGCACCACAGUCAACCCUCCCCAGGUUCCUUCUGCCCCGCUGCGGCCCUGGGCUUUUAUCUUCAAUUCCCCUCCUGCCGUGCUCCUUUUUUUUUUUUUUUUUAAAUAUACUUAUUUUGCUAUGGGGGAGGGGACUAUCAAAUGAACAAGAUCACUUUUAAAUGGUAGUUUUUAUAAGAUGUUAUAAACUUGUAUCUUUUUACCAUUAAAGUGCAGUGUAUGUUCCUUCGUGAUAUAUUUAGGAUAUUUAAAUAAAAAGAAUGGCGCUUUUCUACAUUCCA